GAAGCUUGGAACUCUACAAAAUCUUCACUUGGUUUAUUCCGUACACUUGCUUUCCUUCCUUAGACCAAAUCGCCAUGGUUUUCUAGGAAACAUCUCUUGGACUGUUUCUGUGUUUUCUUCUUCCUUUUAUUAACCAUCCCAACACUUGUCUUCUGCUUUGUGCAAUCCCUGAAACGGGUUCGCUCCAGGGUGAAAACUAUCCUCGGAGAUAUGGGUACAAAUUGCGACGAUAGCUUGAGGAAAGAACGAUUGAAAUGGACUCAAGAACUCCAUGAUCUGUUCGAAAAGGCGGUUGAUCAGCUUGGCGGCCCUGAUAGGGCAACACCAAAGGGUAUAUUGAAGACAAUGGGAAUAGCAGGACUCACAAUCUACCAUGUCAAAAGCCAUUUACAGAAGUAUAGGAUGUCGAAAUUCAUCCCGGAAUCAUCGAAAGGAGACAAAUUUGAGAAAAGAAGCUUAUCAGAAAUGUUUCCCCACUUUAGCAAAACAUCGGGUAUUCAGCUCAAUGAAGCAUUACAAAUGCAAAUGGAAGUUGAAAGGCGCUUGAGCGAUCAACUCGAGGUUCAAAAGAAUUUGAAGCUAAAAAUCGAAGCACAAUCAAGAUUUCUUGAGAGAAUAGCACAGGACUACAAAACCAGGCCAAUUGCAAAAACCAACAAACCAAUCUCUCUUACAUCCCUACCUUCGCUUUGCGAUGAAUCCGAGUCCAUCAUCAACGAUUAUUUUGAAUCUGAUUCUGAAGUCGACACACGCCAUAUCCAUGAAUCUCGACCUACAAAGAGGGCUAGGGUUGUGCUUAUCGAUGAUGAUGAUGACGAUGAUGAUGUAUCUCAAGAGAUAUUUAAACUGAAUUCCGAAAGCAUUCUCCUUCCAAAAGGCGGGAAUACGUUUCAUUCCCAAGACGAUAUCUUUCCAUGGAGUAUAGGUUUUUGCCACUCACCGCUAAUUCGAGCUUCGCAUGGUAGUUUUGACUAG